CAAUCAGCAGCGUUAGUCUGGUCGGCCCCGCUUGCUGGUUUUCCUGCCACAGGUGACCGCGGCGACAUAGGCCGCUGGCCAGAUGUGGAAGGGGAAAGCCGGAGCCUUGCUCCGGGUGUGGGGGUUAUGGCCGGCAGGGGUCCCCAGAAGGAGACUGCUAAGCUGCGAUGCUGCGUCUCAGGCGGGAAACAGUUCACCCCGCUGUUGGAACUGCGGCAGCCCAGGGGGCCCUGGGCAAGGGGACCGGUUCUUCUGUCCGCAGUGCCGCGCGCUGCAGCCACCUGACCCCACUCGAGAUUACUUCAGCCUCAUGGAUUGCAACUGUUCCUUCAGAGUUGACACUACAAAGCUCCAGCACAGGUACCAGCAACUACAGCGUCUUGUCCAUCCAGAUUUCUUCAGCCAGAGGUCUCAGACUGAAAAGGAAUUCUCAGAGAAGCAUUCGACCCUGGUGAAUGAUGCCUAUAAGACCCUUCUGGCCCCCCUGAGCAGGGGACUGUACCUUCUAAAGCUCCGUGGAAUACAGAUUUCUGAAGGAACAGAUUAUGAAAUGGACAGGCAAUUCCUCAUGGAAAUAAUGGAAAUCAAUGAGAAACUCGCAGAAGCUCAAAGUGAAGCUGCCAUGAAAGAGAUUGAAUCCAUUGUCAGAGCUAAACAGAAAGAAUGUACUGACAAUGUGAGCAGAGCUUUUGAACAAGAUGACUUUGAAGGAGCCAAGGAAAUUUUAACAAAGAUGAGAUACUUUUCAAAUGUAGAAGAAAAGAUCAAGUUAAAGAAGUUUCCCCUCUAAUGGUUCCUAAUUUAAUGUUUUAAAAAAUAAAGUUUUUAUAUAUUUC